UUUAUUUUUCUUUCCUUCCCUCACUCCUAUUCUAAUCCAACAUAGGGUUACUAUAAAAAAAAUUAAAGAAAAAAAGAAACGUAAAAAUGGAAGAGGAGAGACUGGAAAUGAAGUUGGGAAGUUACGGAGGUAAGGUGAGUGUGUUGGAAUGGGAGACAGAAUCGGGUGCUGCGGAGGAGACGAUGCUGCUUUGGGGAAUCCAACAGCCCACUCUCUCCAAACAAAACGCCUUUGUUUCCCACUCUUCUCUCCAACUCCGUCUUGAUGCCUGCGGCCAUUCUCUCUCCAUUCUCCAGUCUCCUUCUUCCUUGGGAAAACCUGGAGUAACUGGAGCAGUCAUAUGGGAUAGUGGAGUUGUGUUAGGGAAGUUUUUGGAGCAUGCUGUGGACUUGGGAAUUCUUGUUCUGCAAGGCAAAAAGGUCGUUGAAUUGGGCUCUGGCUGUGGAUUAGUUGGGUGUAUAGCAGCUCUUUUAGGUGCACAAGUUAUCCUCACUGAUCUGCCUGAUAGAUUGAGGCUACUUAAAAAGAAUGUUGAAAGCAACUUGAGACAUGGAGUGAGGGGUUCUGCUGCUGUGAAGGAACUCACUUGGGGAGAUGACCCUGACAAUGACUUGAUUGAACUUCCACCUGAUUAUGUGCUAGGUUCAGAUGUGAUCUAUAGUGAAGGAGCAGUUGUGGAUUUGUUGGACUCCCUUACACAGCUAUGCAGGCCACAAACAACGGUGUUUUUGUCUGGGGAACUUCGAAAUGAUACUGUCCUUGAAUGCUUUCUAGAAGCUGCAGUGAAGGACUUCGUGGUUGGGCGCAUCAAUCAGUCACAGUGGCAUCCAGAUUAUCGUAGUCCAAGGGUUGUCAUGUACAUCCUAGUGAAGAAGUGAGGUCAGACAGGAAAAAAAUCACUGCGAAUUGUGAGCAGAUAAAGUCGGAUAUUCAUUCAGCCAAAUUUUGAACAUGUUUGAGUAACCUAUUUCAAUCUUUUCGAUACAGAAUCGAAAGACCAUAUCCUGGCGUGCUUAAUGAUGCUUGGAUUUGCUUGACUGUAGGCUUAUUGCCAUAGAUAUUUGAUUUUCCUUUGAUCUACUCCUAUGGCUUUUCUUGUUCUUUUAGUGAUAAUCUUUUUUAACUAAUCAGGAGUAGUCAACUAAGCUCAUGGUGUAAUGGUAAAGGACUUGAUUAUCAGCAGAUUUAGAGUUAGAUUUCUGAACAAUUCCAAUCCUAAAUAUUUGUGUUUUUUUAGCUUUUCUUGUUUUUGUUGCAAAAGUCAUCAAAUGAAGUUUACUGUUUUUUCUUAUUAA